AUGGGCAGCUUCGUCAUGGAGGAGCGGAAGGUCAUCGGCUGGGCCGCGAGGGAUGCCUCCGGCGUGCUCUCCCCCUACACCUACACUCUCAGGUGGAUCCAGCGCUGUUUCUUAAAGCUCCCCCUCUCUCCCUCCUUUUUCUCUCUUUUUCUCUUUCUCUUUCUCUGUGUUAUUUCAUCCUGAUAUUAGCAAUUGGCAACCGACUGACUGCGCAGAGAGACGGGCCAGGAGGACGUGCUGAUGAAGGUGCUCUACUGCGGCAUCUGCCACACCGAUAUCCACCAGCUGAAGAACCACCUGGGCGCGUCCAAGUAUCCCAUGGUACCCGGGUACGAGCGGCCCCCCAUCUUCGCCGGCGACGGGGCACUUUCCGCGUUGGCCGGAGUUGUAAGAAACCUUUCAUUUUUUCUGUUUUCCCGGUGGCUUGCGCGUGCAGGCACGAGGUGGUGGGGGAGGUGAUUGAGGUAGGAUCUGCGGUGACACGGUUCCGGCGGGGGGACUUGGUCGGGUCGGGUGUGCUCGUGGGGUGCUGCCGCUCCUGCGGCGCCUGCACGGCCAACAUCGAGCAGUACUGCAACAAGAAGAUCUGGUCCUACAACGACGUCUACACCGACGGAAAGCCCACGCAGGGCGGCUUCUCCACCGCCAUGGUGGUCGACCAGAAGUGAGCUGAGGCCCCCCAACCCUCUCCUCUCGCUGCCCAUGUGCCCCCCAUCGUCAUCGCCACACCCAUCUAAAUGUUGGGUCGAUCUGACAGGGGCUGUUGAAAUGGGUUUUGCAGGUUCGUGGUGAAGAUCCCGGGGAACAUGGCGGCUGAGCAGGCGGCACCGCUGCUCUGCGCGGGGGUGACGGUGUUCAGCCCGCUGCGGCACUUCGGGCUGACGGAGCCGGGGCUGCGGGGGGGCGUCCUGGGGCUGGGCGGCGUGGGGCAUAUGGGCGUGAAGAUCGCCAAGGCCAUGGACCACCAUGUGACCGUGAUAAGCUCCUCCGACAAAAAGCACACCGAGGCGGUGGAGCACCUCGGUGCGGACGCCUUCGUCGUAAGCUCCGACGCCGAGCAGAUGGGCUCCAUCGCAGAGAGCCUCGACUACAUCAUCGACACCGUUCCCGUGGUGCACCCGCUGGAGCCGUACCUGUCCUUGCUGAAGUUGGACGGGAAGCUCAUCCUCAACGGGGUCAUCAACGAGCCCCUUAAGUUCCUCAGCCCCGUGGUGAUGCUGGGGAGGAAGGCCAUCACCGGGUCCUUUAUCGGAAGCAUGGACGAGACGCAGGAGAUGCUCGAGUUCUGCGCCGAGCGCGGACUGACCUCCAUGAUCGAGAUUGUCAAGAUGGACUACGUCAACAAGGCCCUCGAGAGGCUGGAGGGCAACGACGUCAGGUACCGCUUCGUCGUCGACGUCGCCGGCAGCAACCUUGACUGA